AUGACCGAAUCCCCUAAAAAGCCAUCCUCAAGUGAAGUGCAGCACCUAGAAGAACUAAUGGAUGACGGUAAUUCGAUACCAACCUCCAUGGGGAGUUCAUGGGCCUGGGUGGUUUUGUUUAGCUCAUUUGCUUGCACGGCGAUAGUGGAUGGCCUCAUCUUUUCUUUCGGACUGCACAUUCUGGAAAUGAUGGAAAGUGCUUCGUUUUUUGGCUUGGGGAACACUGAACCGUCGUUUUUACUUUACCUUCUUCCAGGUGGACUUCUUGGUGGGAUGCAUUUAUACGCUAGUAAGGCCAUGCAAGCUACUGUGUGUCCUCUUGCUAACGUCCUCUCCAACCAGUUUGACUGUCGGCCGGUGGCGAUGGCCAGCGCCGUCUUCUCCGGCCUCGUCCUCGUAGGGAGCGCGUUUCUUGAAAACCUGAAAACGUUCGCGUUGCUCUUCGGAAUUUGCGGAGGCAAGUCACUUUCAAAUCCUUCGAACCCCUACGGUGCUAGUCUGGGCACGAUGUGUGGCUACGUGUAUGAUACUACGUCUGGAGUUAGUCGUCCAGGGAAUUGUGAUUCAGACAGGGCUAUAAAUCACCGCACGUUGUCCCGUGCUAAGAAAGGUCUGAGCUGUGGCCUCCUCUACUUCCCCUCGCUGUCGAUUGUGGCGCAGUGGUUCGAGUCGCGGCGCGCGCUGGCUGUGGGCUUGGCGAUCUGCGGCUCCGGCGUCGGAACCUGCGCCAUGUCCCUCUGCAUGAGCUCCGCUGUUGGGCGGUUCACGUGGCGGGGAGUUCUUAUCAUCUACGGGGCUGUGUUCAUCCAGCUUUCGGUUGUUAUUGCCCUGUUUCGCCCAGUUAAGGUACAACAGGUGAUCAAGGCGUUGGAAUCCACGCGUCGCUCCAGGGAGGAAGUAGAAAGGCUCCAACGUCGACGUAUCUUGGCCAUCGUUCGCCGCGAGAAACUACGUCGAGCCUCCGGCCAGGCCUCAAGACGGCGCAAAAGCUCAGCCAAACGUGGGAGAAUAUGGUCUCGGAUCAUGGAAGAGAAGUUUCGCCAAAUAAGUUCGUCUACUGGAAGCCUCGACGGAAUGGUGAUUACUCGUGACAACGAGCUCAUCUCCCUUCCAAGCGAGGCCUGCUACAGUAUGGCCAAGGCAGCUGCGGUGGCGUAUGCUGCUGCCGCCGCCGCAGCUGGAGCGACGUCCACAAACCUCAGCCCGCCGGCGCUACCCCAGCCAACUAACUCGAACCCCGCUACCUUCGCAUCCUCCACCGCCUCGGUGGAUCGGCCCUCUUCACUCAGAGACGCCGCUCCCGGCAGAGAGCUGGUCACUACGCCUCUUCCAAAUCCCCGGCCUUUGGUGCUAUCGACAACAUCGCGUGACUUUAGCAGGUCCGGCGUGAUACGCAUCGCCGACGCGAUUCUCCAGAAGCUCGAGGCUCAGGCCGUUAUCGCGCCCGGCAUGCGGUGUCCCGACAUGACGGACGUCUUCAAGAAGCUGUCCUCUGGCAGUCACCACCAGCCUGUUCGCGGGGUUCCCUCGCACGCCGGCGUUGGGGAGGAGGCGGAGGGGCAUUGCACCCACAGCCAUCCGCCCAAAUUCUGCUCCGUUCACUCGGAGUACUGCUCACUGCCGCGGCACAGUCACCUCUCCUCGGUGAGGACCGAAUCGGCCGUACGCAGACCGCUCUCCACCGCCGACAAGAGCACCGCACCGACGGUCUGUAUUUCCGUCGUUGACUCCACCAAGGCAGGAUCUGUGAAUGCAUUAGAUAUUGGUACAAGUGAUCAAUCAUCUGCGCGCCUCCAAGUGACUCCAACCCAAUCCAUGUCCCGUUCUUCAAGCGGAAGCAGCAUCGACCCAAAGACGGACCGCGCAAUCUCCAGGGAACUGUCACGUGUUUGCCUCGACCCCACGUUGAAAGCGAGGAUACGUUCAGUCAUUUAUCAAAAGCUCAAGCGGAGCGGACAGCUGAAAACCAGACAGCGAAACCAGCGGCACCCAGACGAGGUAAGCCUGCAAGGGCUCCAUCGAGAUGGAGAUCCCUUCGUUGUAGUGCUGUUUCUGACGGAGCCAAGGGACCUCGCUCACGAGGGCUCCGACCGUAGCCUGGACAGCGCCAUGGAGGUCGGCUUGGAAAGCGCGACCCCCACAACCCGUGAUGGGGAGAGGGCGGGCGGUCAAUCCACGGUCUGUCCCACCUGCGGCUGCAAACUCGCUGCCGGUGCAAGACCGGCCGACUCCCAAAACAACACCAAAAGCCUGUGGCUAUUUGUGACCCGUGUGAGAGACUACCUCGACCUUCAGUUACUUGUCAGCCCCUCUUUUCUGCUUUUUUCUCUUGCUUGCACCCUCCACAUGUUCGGUGAGUCAUUCAACCUCAAGAGGAUCUUGUUGUUUGCUUUUUUUGAGGCUGCCCAUCGUUCUGAGUUUUUCGUGGUCUUACCCCCCUUGGUGCCUUACUUGUGUCUCGAAUGCUUCAUUGUAGCCUUUUUCGCGCCCUAUCAUGUCUUGCCGUUGUACCUGUCGCUGGACGUUCGGCGUUUGCCCUGCAGCCAGAGGGUUUGGUCGAGCCCCUUCGGUCCGUCGCUUCAGCUGUCGCAGGGCUUCGUGAGUGUGAGCAACAUCAUCUUCACCGUGGGCUUCGGUCACCUGAUUGGUCGCUUGAUUGCAAGUGAGUUGUCGCGUCGCGGGCUGGGCGCCACAGUGCCUAACCUCGUCCAUCUGUUGACCCACUAA